ACAAUGCAACGCGCAUCUGUCAUGGCUGCUCACUGAUGCCACUUGCACCACAUGGGUGGAAAUAAACGUUUCAUCUCUGAUUGAGAAACGCCGACUUGGCUCAUUAAUACAGCGACCGAUCGCCGGCUUUGCUCUGGGACCGUCCUGACGGAAGGCAGCAGCUUCUCCUUCUCCCUCUAGCUGGAACCAGAGGCUUUCACUUAUGCCGCUAGACGUGGAGAUUCCCGUCCUCCGAGGGUUUUUAACAUCCUGCGAGGCUGUGGAAUGGAAGCAGAAUAUUUUCAGCAGUGCAGAGGCAGGCUCUCUGCUGGAGUCCCUGAUGGAGGGGGACUUUGAGGCGGUUCUGCUGAGCCCCCAGGUGUUAGAUCUGCUCACUGGAGAUGGCAGCUGCAACGAGGGGGAGGACAUCGAGGCCUACUUGGAGAGACGGGUCCUGCUGUACCUGACUUGUGGCACGAACCAUAGCCAGACCAACAGGGAGCUGGCAGUGAUGGCCUUAGCCGUCUCUUGCCUCCACAUGUUUUCCCAGAGUAACUGGACUGGUCCUCCGGUCUCCAUCCAAAUCUCAGACCUGCUGCCCCCGGCCCUGCUCUCCUCUCAGCCCCAGAUGCUGGUUGAGACUAUCCACUCCAGCCUGCUCCUGGAUGGGGAGUCUGUGUAUAGCCUGGUGGCCAAUCCCUUCCUCCUCCUGCUGGCCAGGGUUAUUCUCACCAAGUGCUCCCCCAAGAUGGACAGCCUACAGCUGCUGCCCUGGUGGACCCUGCGCUAUAUCAACCUGCACCAGCAAAUCCUGGAGGCCUGUUCUCCGCAGCUUCUCAUCUUGGCCCAUAACAGCAUGGACAAAGUGCUGAAAUGCCAAUCUCUGUUGUCGGAACACAGUGAACUGGCUAUCCAGUUCCACCUGGAGUGUGUCUACACCAGUCUGACCUACUAUGAGUACCAGCCAGCCAAGGAACACAUCAAGAAAGCCCAGGAGCUCUCAGGGCUGAAUAUCAAUAUGACUGGUGCUCUUGGCAAACGGACCCGUUUCCAGCAGAAAUACUUGGCUCAGCUCAUCCUUGAGGUCAAGAGAAAGCAGGGCCAGCCAGGCCAGAUGGAUGAUGAGACCAGUCCCACCCCUACACCUCAAGCUAGCUUGCCCAAGGACUACAGUCUGUCUGAUGACACCGUGCUGGAUAAGCUCAAUUUAGCGGAGCCAAAUCAGUAUGAGCUGCCUGACCUCAGCGCAGAGGAGCAGGCCGUCAUCCUGGGCAUCUGCACUGACUUCCAGAAGAAUAACCCUGUGCACAAACUGACUGAAGAGGAACUCCUGGCCUUCACAUCUUGUAUUCUAUCUCAGCCUAAGUUCUGGGCUGUAGAAGUCACAGCCCUUUGCCUCAGGACCAAACUGGAAAAAGGGAGCUCUCGAUGUGUUGAGAGGGCCAUGAUGCAAACCCAGGCAUUAGUCGACUACUUUGAAGACAAGACCUGUCCUGUGACCGAGCGGCUCAAGGUCUUCUACUGCUGCCGAGCCCCGCCCAAAUGGGCUGUCCAGAAACAGCUGGCCAGCCUGCUGACAGACCUUGGCUGCAUGAGCUCAGCUCUGCUCAUUUAUGAACAGCUGGAGCUCUGGGAGGAUGCAGUUAUCUGCUAUGAGAGGCUGGGCCAACAUGGAAAGGCCGAGGAGAUUGUUCGCAGGGAGUUGGAGAAGAAGGAGACGCCCAGUCUGUAUUGCCUACUGGGAGACAUAUUGAGGGACCAUCAGUACUAUGACCGUGCGUGGGAGCUGUCACGCCAACGCAGCGCCAGAGCCAUGCGCUCCAAAGCCCUGCUGCACCUCCACAACAAGGAGUUCCAGCAGUGUGUCGACUGUUUCGAGCAGUCCCUCAAAAUCAACGGCAUGCAGCUCGGGGUUUGGUUUUCCCUCGGGUGUGCCUACUUUGCCCUGGAGGGCCAUGAAGGAGCUGCCAGGGCUUUCCAGAGGUGUGUGGGACUAGAACCAGAUAACGCAGAAGCGUGGAGCAACCUGUCUGCGGCCUACAUUCGCCUCCAAAAGAAAAACAAAGCCUUUCUUACCCUGCAAGAAGCUCUGAAGUGUAACUACGAACACUGGCAGAUCUGGGAGAACUUUAUCACUGUUAGCACUGACAUCGGGGACUUUGCUGAAGCCAUCAAGGCCUACCAUCGUCUGAUGGACCUCAGGGAAAACUACAAGGACAUCCAGAUUCUUCAGAUCCUGGUAAAAGCAGUUGUUGAAAACCUGACAGACCGCCAGGGUGAGCAGCUAACUCUCAAGUCCAAACUGAAGGAGCUCCUGGGACGGGUCAGUUCCCGGCACAGUACUGACUCUGAGAUCUGGCGGCAAUACGCUUUGCUGUAUGGUGACGGCCACAGCUCCAACCCAGAGGACAACGAAAAGGCACUACAGUUCUUGUCAAAGGCCCAUCGCUGCGAGGUUCAGGCUGGUGGCUGGGAGAAAGAACCUGGUCUGUUCAAGGAGGUGAUCAAAAGAGCCACUGAUAUGGGUGAAGUGACCAUCAGCUGCAGUAAGAUAAAGAGUAAUCCAACCGAAGCUCUACAGAUGCUCUCCUCCACCCGCCUCAGCCUCAGGAGUCUGGCCACCAAAGCUAAGCAAAUGCACACAGAUGUGGCCACGGGUCAGGUCCACGCCGAGCUGCAGGAUGGUGUCGCUGCUCUGGAGCAACUCAUCGCACAACUGCAGGAGCUGAGUGGGAAGCUCCGUGACCAAUCACAGGGGCCGUAGGAAAAACCAGAAGCUGUGGUCCCUCACAAGACAGAGACUCUACAGCUGCAGUUAUCAGUCUUGUGUAUUGUUGAACGCCUUUAAAUCAAGAGUUUUACAUGUGAUGAACGUUUGUAUACAUCUAUAAUCCACAUUGGAAUGUAAACAAUGACUGUAAGGCAUCAAAUAGAAAAAAAAUUACAAUUCUGAAUACUUGCGUUUUACUUUUUCUGUUGCAUAAUAAAAUGUCUUAUUUGGAUCAUUAA